GGCGGCGCCACAGGCUUGGGGAACUACGCGAGCGGAGUGGGCGCGUAAAGAUCCCGCGGUUCUUCAGUCUUUUUGUAUUCUAGGAACCAAUCUGUAUGAUACCAUACUAUAACCAGAUUGGCCUUGAACCUAUGGUGAUCUUCUUGCCUCUGCCUCCCAAGUGUUGGGAAUAAAGUGUCGGCGGCGGCGGAGGCGGCAGUGGUGGCAGUGACGGUGACAGCAGUGACCAUUGAGCAGUAGUUGCCCAAGAUGUCGAAUAUCAAAAUCUUCAGCGGGAGCUCCCACCAGGACUUAUCCCAGAAAAUAGCUGACCGCCUGGGCCUUGAGCUAGGCAAGGUGGUGACUAAGAAAUUCAGCAACCAGGAGACCUGUGUGGAAAUUGGGGAAAGCGUUCGUGGAGAGGAUGUCUACAUUGUUCAGAGUGGGUGUGGUGAGAUAAAUGACAAUCUAAUGGAGCUUUUGAUCAUGAUUAAUGCUUGCAAGAUUGCUUCAGCCAGCCGGGUGACUGCAGUCAUCCCAUGCUUCCCUUAUGCCCGCCAAGAUAAGAAGGAUAAGAGCCGGGCUCCAAUCUCAGCUAAGCUUGUUGCAAAUAUGCUAUCUGUAGCAGGCGCAGAUCAUAUUAUCACCAUGGAUCUACAUGCAUCUCAAAUUCAAGGUUUCUUUGAUAUCCCAGUGGACAAUUUAUAUGCAGAGCCAGCUGUUCUAAAGUGGAUACGGGAGAAUAUAUCUGAGUGGAGAAACUGUACUAUUGUCUCACCUGAUGCUGGUGGAGCCAAGAGAGUGACCUCCAUUGCAGACCGAUUGAAUGUGGAUUUUGCUUUGAUUCACAAGGAACGGAAGAAGGCCAAUGAAGUGGACCGCAUGGUACUAGUAGGAGAUGUGAAGGAUCGUGUGGCUAUACUUGUGGAUGACAUGGCUGACACUUGUGGUACAAUUUGUCAUGCUGCUGACAAACUUCUCUCAGCUGGAGCUACUAGAGUUUAUGCUAUCUUAACACACGGAAUCUUUUCUGGCCCUGCCAUUUCUCGCAUCAACAGUGCAUGCUUUGAAGCAGUAGUAGUUACCAAUACCAUACCUCAGGAAGACAAGAUGAAACACUGCUCCAAAAUACAGGUGAUUGACAUCUCUAUGAUCCUUGCAGAAGCCAUCAGGAGAACCCACAAUGGAGAAUCAGUGUCCUACCUGUUCAGCCAUGUUCCUUUAUAAUAUAACUUCUGAAGCAUUUUGAAAAUAAAAUCAACCCCACUCCUUGUUUUUCUUGGUACUGAUGAGUUCAGCAGAAGACCCUGCUUGCUUCAGUAUAGCUUUUUACAUCUCACAUUAGCUGUGUUAGAAUUUAUCCUAAAUUGGAGAAAGACUAAAUGACUAAUGACAACUAAAUUGUCAUUAACUGCUAGGGUGCCCUACCUGCAUUGUUGCAUCCUAGCUUUGUUGUGAACCUUUGUAGCUUUACAUUGAGCUGAGCUGUUGAAAGAUGUAUAGACUGUUAGAGUAUUCUAUAAGGUCCUUAGGACAUGAUUGACAAAGUUCAUACUCCAUUACAUUUGGGGUUUUCAGAAUAACUAGCAACAAAGCCAGCCCAUGUGUAAUAUAUUUUCAGAGGUUUACAGCAAGAAUCCUGAGCAUCCUUAAACAUAGUUCAGCUGUUGAGCACCCUUAGUUCGUAGUUGUUCUGGGAUGAAGAAUCCUGAACCAUUGCCAUCUUGUUUAACUGUAUAGCUUAGAUACUCUACACCUAUUCCUUGCCAGUUGGCUUUAUCUUUAGCUAUCUUGAUCCUUUCCUGGCCAAAUAUCUUGGACUCAGUGGUCAUUGUAAUAAAAUAUUAUGUAAGACA